AUGGCCUCGGGACACCUUCUAGCACUGGGUGCUACCAUAACUUUGCUCAUGACGACACCCUUGGUAUCAGCCUCGACUCCAAAUGGACGGAGACAAGCAGUGACUGCAUCUCCCCCGCCAAAACAAUGGAUCACCAUCGACGAGGACGGAGCUGCACGCACCAUCACGCCGACCGUCACCACGAUAGAUCAAGCCCUUCAGACCAUUUCAGGGGCCCCGAGCUCCCUGACUGCGCAGUCCACCUGGUUCUUGUCUAACAAUGGCAUGACUACCACCACAGUCUUUGCUCCACAUCCUGCUCCAACUGCCGAGUAUCGUAGGGAAAAGGGCGCAUUGUUGGUCUGUGAAAACUAUUACGGUGAAGAUAAGCCAUUUUGUACACCGAAAAGAGGCAGUAUGCUCAAUCCAAAUUCAACUUAUUACAUUACGUGGGAUCCCCAGAAGUUUGCCCACCAAGACGACAAGCUCAAGAUCGAAGUUGUGUACGACGACAGCCGCGCGGAGGUGAUAGCCCAGAGCGUCAAAGCCUCGGUUGGCUACCACGCCUGGAUGGUACCAGACGACCUACUCGCCAGGUCCGGCAGCACCGCCAUGAACGCCAGCAUCAAGUACAACUACCAGUCUCACGACAGCUCCGAGUUCAACGAGAUCCGCGGCAACGGGCCCCGAGUCGUCAUCACCGACAAUGUCAUGUGGCCCGUAAACAACGCGGAUGGUAAUGGCUCUUCUGGGCCUGUUCCCAGUAUCGUCAUCGUUCCCAUGGUCGUCGUGCUGCUCCUAGUUGUAGGGUUGUACUGCUGUUGGAGUUAUCGCAAGAAGGGCAUCGUCCCUUUCGCCGCGGCUUUUGCGAACCUGAAGCGAAGGUUGACUCGAGGCCGCGGUUCUCAGGGGUACGGGGUAAGGAAGAGCCGCCCGGAAAGGACCAGGACGGCCAAUCCGACGCAGAACGUCGAGAUGCCCAGGGCUGCGGCGCGCGGGGACCCGUUCCGUGCCAACUACCACCCCGAAGACAAGACGCCGGGGAUCCAGCUAACCAGCAGUGAUAGCUGGUCGCCCACGUCGACGUCUGGGAGGAACGUGUUCCGGGAAGAGAUUCGGAGACAAGAGGGCCGAAAGUAA